AUGAUUCGAUGUAUUUUUUUAUUAUUAAUAUUAUCUUUCGAUGUAACUAAUAAUAUUAAUCAAAGAUUUAAACGACGUAUGUUUGAUAAACCUUCAAAAUCAGGAUUGAAAACUAAUCAAAGAAAAAAUAUUGUAUUCGAUAAUGAUAAUGAUAAUUUAUUAUAUUCAAGUAAUGAACAAAAACCAAUACAAAGUCUUAUUAAAAAAGGAUAUACUCAACAAGAAGUAGCUGAAAUAAAACGUAUCCUAUCUAAAACAUCUGAUGAUUAUUAUGGUAUUCUUAAUAUUAAUAAACAUUCAACAUGGGAAACAAUUAUUAAUGCUCAUAGAACAUUAACUUUACGUGUACAUCCUGAUAAAGUAAAAAUACCUGGUGCAACAGAAGCAAUGCAACGAGUUAAUAAAGCUCGUACUGAAUUAUUAAAAAAAUUUCAAAUUCAAAGAAAUACUCAACGUAUAACAACAACAACACCAACAUUUACAGCGUAUUUAUUUACAUUCAAUCAAAAUAAAAAUCUUGCACUAUCGGUUAUAUAUGAUAAAUCGACAUUGACGACUUCAACACAAUCUGUAUUAACAACAUUGAAAGCAUUGAAAAAGAAUUCAUCUUCUAAUACAUCUACUUACCUUCUAUUUACUUUAAUAAUUUUUCUAAUUGUCAUUAUUAUUUGUAUUGUAUAUUACAAAAAACAACGAUAUCAUUUACAUUCAAUGACGAAUGAAAAUAUUUCAACAAAACAAAAUAUUCGUCCAAUUUAUGAUAGUUUUGAAUCGAAUAACGAUGAGAUAACAACUACUGAUAAUGAAGAUUAA